AUGAGUUUCAAUAACACAUAGCUAAUUCUUAAGCAAAAGCCAGGCAGUGACUUCCCUUAAAAUGUGAAUAUUUUUGAAAUUAAGAAGUCAGAAGUUCCAGAAUUAAAAGAUGGAUAGUUUUUGAUUAAAGUAUAUUUUCUCUCUAUUGAUCCAAUUAUGAGAGUUUGGAUGACAGGAGCACCAACUUAUCUACCUACUCUUAAACCAGGCUAAGUUAUGCAUAGUUAUGGUGUAGGCGAAGUAGUACAAACUAAAAACGAUUCUUGGAGAGUGGGUGAUAAAUGUGUUACAAAUUCUGGGAUUUAAGAUUACUGCUUAAUGGAUGAGUAGAGAUAAAUGUUUUGCUUCAAAAUUCCACAUAAAACACCAUUAGAUAAAUUGGCUUUUUAUCUUCCACUUUUAAAUAAUUGGUUUGUUGCCUAUCAAGGUAUAGUAGUGGAUGGAAAAACUAAAAAGGGAGAAACUGUUGUCGUAUCAAGUGCUGCAGGAGCUACCGGAAUAGUGUGUGUACAAUUGGCAAAAUUAGCAGGUGCAAGAGUUGUGGCUAUUGCUGGUGGAGAAAAAAAGUGUAGAUUUUUAAAAGAAUAAUUAGGAGCAGAUGAAACAAUUGAUUACAAAGAUACUAAUUCAACAUUCUUUUAGAAGUUAAAAAAAGCUUGUCCCAAAGGAGUCGAUGUCUACUUUGAUAACGUUGGUGAUGAAAUGCUUGAUGAUGUCCUGAAAAUAAUGAAUUUGCAUGGAAGAAUUUCCUUAUGUGGUGCUACAAGCAAUUACUCAGACCAUAAAAAUAGAAAAGGAAUAUCCAAUUAUUAAGUAACAAUUAGUAGGAGAAUAUUUAUCAAAGGUGUUUUAGCAUCAGAAAUAGGACCUAUUGCAGAUAAAGUAGUUCCUGAAAUGCUUCAACAUGUAAAUUCUGGAGCAAUGAAAUCUAUUGAAGUUUAUUUUAAUGGUGUAGAAUCUGUUCCUCAAGCUAUGCAAUACUGCUUCUUAGGAUAAAAUGUAGGAAAAGUAAUGAUUAAGCUUUAAGCUGCCUCUAGCAUCAGCUCAUCAACAAGCACUGUACCCAAGCUUUGA